GAUUUCCUUCCAUUUUUUUGUUUUCUUUCUUCCGUACCAGAUUAUAUUCUCUUUGUUCCGUACCGUACCUUUCCGUAGUCCGUACUUCUGUUCUUACAACUUAGCUUUGAGUUUGUUUAGAAGUGAGUUAUAAGAAUCUCAUUCCAUUGCUUUUCCAUUUACGCCCAGGAUAAUGUCUAUAACAGUACGUGACAGAAGGCGGUAUGAAGGAGAUGGUCUUCAAAUAUCGUUUUAUGUUUUGUGCUUUGGAAUGGAUAAUCAAACGCAGACUGAUUAUAGUGGAAUAACAGUUAAUAAUCUGGCAAAGGUGUGGUUUCGCUUCAUACAAAACCGUGCACAUAAUGGUGACAGCAUUGACAUUCUAUAUAGUGCAGCAAAAAUCCCUGAAGACUGUAAUGUCAAAAUAAAAGUUCAUAAUAGUGAAAAACAGAUUUAUUCUAACAAAUCAAAUUGGGAAAUCAUUGACUAUCAAUGGAGUAUUAUAUGUAGCACUGGAAAUGUAUUCCAUAUUGAUGUCACUAUAAAUGCGUUUAAGUGUGAGCCCACAAUUUACAAGAAGCUAUGCGAGGACACUGAUUUUACUGACUUCCGACUAACCACUUCGGAUGGGAGUGUGCCUGUCCACAAGGCAUACCUUGCUGCUCUCAGCGACGUUUUCAAAGCAAUGCUUUGUCGAGAAUGGAAGGAAACAGAUGAAGGCUGUAUAAAGUUGCCAGGAGUUUCACUUCAGACCCUACAGCACUUGAAAGACUACAUGUAUAUGGGCACUCUGCCCACUGAAGAUCUUCUUCCAUUACUAUCAAUCGCGUCAUGCUACAUGAUUGAAGAUCUUAAAAAUGAAUGCAUGAAAAAGCUCACUCAGACUAUUAAACCUGAAAACAUAUAUGAGUUCUUGAAAUACUCAAUUGAAAAUGACAUUCCUGAAUUGACAUUUGCUAUAAUGAAGGCAACUCCGGACAGUGUUCUUGACAACGCUGAAAAAAAAAUAUUGGAGGAACGGAGCAAGGAAAUAAAAGAGGAAUAAUUUGUGUUAAUUUGAUUAGGUGAUCUUAUUGUAGAGGAGAUAAUAUUUCUUUUAUAUUAAAAAUUACUAAAAUUGGUGUUAAAACUAUAUUUUUAGAAACCAUUUAUAUUUUGUUCACUUUUAUUGCCGAUUAAUGGUAAGUAAUUUUAGGAAUAACUUGUACUAAUUUGAAAAGAUGACCUAAUUGUAGAAGAGGUAAUCUAUGUUUUAGAUUAAAAAAUAGUAUUUAAACUAUAUUUGUUAGGUAACAUUAAAUUUGUGUUUUUGCAUUUAUAUUACUAAUUCAUUUUAGGAAUAAUUUGUACUAAUUUUAAAAGAUGACCUAAUUGCAGAAGAUAUAAUAUUUCUUUUAGAUUAAAAAUUAGUAUUAAAACUAUAUUUCUUAAAGUAACUGUAUGUUUGCACUUUCUUUAAUUGCAAAUCAAGUAAUUCAUAUUAUUUUUCAUUCAUUUAUUUUUAACUAAGUAGU